CGUCGCUCUUCCAAGAUGGCGGUGCGUCCGUCGCGAGCGGCCGGGCCGGGGGGAAGCCACCGAAGUCGAGUAAAGCCGCCGCCCGGGAGAAGACUGAAGGAGCAGUUGCCGCCGUUGGCGGCGGCCCGGGCAGUUUUCACUGCUGCUACGGCUGUUGCCAUGCGGCGAGGCUAGGGAGGAGCUCACUUCCCCGGGGUGUAAUAAUGUUAACAGAGGCCAGUCUCUCCAUAUGGGGAUGGGGAAGCCUUGGCAUUGUCCUCUUUCUAGUAACAUUUGGACCCUUUGUAAUUUAUUUGGCAUUUUAUAUCCUCUGCUUUGUGGGUGGAGGUUUUGUGGUUACUCUCCUGUUUGGAAAAACAAAUUCGGAGAAGUACCUAGAGCAGUGUGAACACUCAUUUCUUCCUCCAACAUUGACUGGGGUUCCUAAGUGCUUAGAAGAAAUGAAACGGGAAGCCAGGACUAUUAAGAUUGAUAGAAGACUGACUGGUGCCAAUAUAAUUGAUGAACCUCUCCAGCAAGUUAUCCAGUUUUCCUUGAGGGAUUAUGUCCAGUAUUGGUAUUAUACAUUAAGUGAUGAUGAAUCUUUUCUUCUUGAAAUUAGGCAAGCUCUUCAAAAUGCACUCAUUCAGUUUGCUACUAGGUCAAAAGAAAUAGACUGGCAACCUUAUUUUACCACACGCAUUGUAGAUGAUUUUGGCACACAUCUUCGAGUAUUCAGAAAAGCUCAGCAGAAAAUAACAGAGAAAGAUGAUCAAGUUAAAGGUACAGCAGAAGAUCUUGUAGAUACCUUCUUUGAAGUUGAAGUUGAAAUGGAGAAGGAAGUUUGCCGAGAUCUAGUCUGCACAUCUCCCAAAGAAGAAGAAGGAUUCCUAAGGGAUUUGUGUGAGGUCUUAUUAUAUUUAUUGCUACCUCCUGGAGAUUUCCAGAACAAGAUCAUGCGAUAUUUUGUCAGGGAAAUCCUUGCACGAGGAAUUCUUCUUCCAUUAAUAAAUCAACUCAGUGAUCCUGAUUAUAUUAAUCAAUAUUUCAUAUGGAUGAUCCGUGAUUCUAAUUGCAACUAUGAGGCCUUUAUGAACAUUAUUAAAUUGAGUGACAAUAUUGGAGAGCUAGAAGCAGUCAGAGAUAAGGCAGCAGAAGAAUUACAAUAUCUUAGAUCUCUAGAUACAGCUGGUGAUGAUAUCAACACUAUUAAAAAUCAAAUAAAUAGUUUAUUAUUUGUAAAGAAAGUAUGCGACUCAAGAAUACAGAGGUUGCAGUCAGGCAAAGAAAUAAAUACUGUGAAACUGGCAGCCAACUUUGGGAAACUUUGCACAGUCCCCCUGGACAGCAUUCUUGUAGACAAUGUUGCACUACAAUUUUUUAUGGAUUACAUGCAGCAAACUGGAGGUCAAGCACAUCUCUUCUUCUGGAUGACAGUGGAAGGAUACCGGGUUACAGCCCAGCAGCAGCUAGAGGUUUUAUUAAGUCGUCAGAAAGAUGGAAAACAUCAAACCAACCAAACCAAAGGUCUUUUAAGAGCAGCUGCUCUUGGUAUUUAUGAACAGUAUUUAUCAGAAAAGGCAUCUCCAAGAGUUACUGUUGAUGACUAUUUGGUAGCAAAAUUAGCAGAUACUUUGAAUCAUGAAGAUCCAACCCCUGAAAUCUUUGAUGACAUUCAAAGGAAGGUGUAUGAAUUGAUGCUGCGGGAUGAAAGAUUUUACCCUUCCUUCAGACAAAAUGCACUUUAUGUGCGCAUGUUAGCUGAGCUGGAUAUGUUAAAAGAUCCUAGUUUCAGAGGAUCAGAUGAUGGUGAUGGAGAAUCUUUUAAUGGGUCUCCUACAGGAAGCAUAAAUUUGUCUUUAGAUGACCUUACAAAUGUGUCUUCUGAUGACUCAUUACAACUUCAUGCUUACAUUUCAGACACUGUAUAUGCUGACUAUGACCCAUAUGCUGUGGCAGGCGUUUGUAAUGAUCAUGGAAAGACGUAUGCAUUAUAUGCCAUUACUGUACAUCGGCGCAAUCUAAACACUGAGGAGAUGUGGAAAACCUAUCGUCGUUAUAGUGACUUCCAUGACUUCCACAUGAGAAUCACUGAACAGUUUGAAAAUCUGUCAAGCAUAUUGAAACUUCCAGGUAAAAAGACUUUUAAUAAUAUGGAUAGAGAUUUUUUAGAAAAGAGAAAAAAGGAUCUAAAUGCAUAUUUGCAGUUAUUAUUAACUCCUGAAAUGAUGAAAGCAUCACCAGCUUUGGCCCACUAUGUGUAUGAUUUCCUUGAGAACAAAGCCUACAGUAAAGGAAAAGGAGAUUUUGCCCGCAAGAUGGACACUUUUGUAAAUCCUCUUCGCAAUUCUAUGAGGAAUGUUUCAAAUGCAGUUAAAUCGCUUCCUGAUAGUUUGGCAGAGGGAAUGACUAAAAUGUCAGACAACAUGGGCAAAAUGUCAGAAAGAUUAAGUCAAGAUAUAAAGCAAUCAUUUUUCAAGGUGCCUCCUUUAAUUCCGAAGGCUGAUUCAGAUCCCGAACAUUGUCGAGUCUCAGCUCAACUUGAUGAUAAUGUGGAUGACAAUAUUCCACUUAGAGUAAUGCUGCUUCUCAUGGAUGAAGUAUUUGAUUUAAAAGAGAGAAAUCAGUGGUUGCGAAGGAAUAUCAAAAACCUACUUCAACAGGUUAUUAGAGCCACAUAUGGUGAUACUAUUAAUAGAAAAAUAGUUGACCAUGUAGAUUGGAUGACCUCACCUGAGCAAGUAGCAGAUUCAGUGAAACGUUUCAGAGAUGCAUUUUGGCCAAAUGGCAUUUUAGCAGAGACUGUUCCAUGCAGAGAUAAAGCUAUUCGAAUGAGAACAAGAAUUGCAGGGAAAACUAAAUUACUUGCAAUUAUGCCAGAUGAACUGAAGCACAUUAUUGGGGCUGAGACAACACGGAAAGGUAUUCUUCGUGUUUUUGAAAUGUUUCAGCACAACCAGCUAAAUAGGAGAAUGGUUUAUGUCUUCUUGGAAGGCUUUUUGGAAACCUUAUUUCCACAGUAUAAAUUCCGUGAACUUUUCAAAAAACUGCAUUCACGGUCAAAGCAGAUGCAAAAAUAUAAACAGAAAUUUCAAACUACUCAAGCGCCUUCUUUACAAAAAAGGUGACACUCCAAUCUCUGAAGCUGGUGUUCAUUUUGUCCAGGACUAAUGGUGUGGACAGAUCUUCUGGGGCUUAACUCAUAUACUGUUGUGCUGCACCAGUCUUUUAGUGUCUCAAAACAGAUCAUUAAUACAUCCAUAAGACUGUGGUUCUUCUCAUCCUCAUCUAUAAUCCAGCCACUACCAAGAGAGGUUUCCAUGUUUUAAAUGGUUUGGUGCAUAUUUUUGCAACAUUGACAGGAUACUGUCCUCACCUCAAGCAAGAAUGGUGAUGGUUACUUCCAGUUCAAACUAAUCAGCAUUCUCAAGCAGUGACAAAGUGCCAGAGUGGACAUACGAGAGUUAAAGAAAGCACAAAACAAUGGUUCACAGAUAAAUUGGCUAAUUUGUUUGGUAAUAGGAGAUUGUGCUGUGUAAGAUUUGGGAGGAUUUGUUUGCAUAAUUUUGUAGAGGUGUCUAUAUGAGCAUGUUAACAUAAUGUGGAUUAACCAAGUGAAUGAUCUUUGGAGCAUCUAUUUUGGUCUGGGGAAAGAGACAGAAUGCCCUUAAAGUACGAAAUAACCUUAUAUCUGAAUUACAUUUCUGUGACAUAAAAUAAAACAAAAUAUAAACUGAAACCAAUCAAAACCAAAAUUUGAUUGGAUUUGUUAUUCAUUGGUAUAAAACAAUUUUUGAUUGAUUCUUAUGUACUUUAAGGGCUCUAUUUUGCUCUUGUGGUACUCAGUUAUAAGUUUUCUUUUGGCAUUCUGUAUGCAAACAGAAGCAUGUGGUGGCUCUUGUUUAAAUUCCAGAAUUAUUACAGUUUUAUUUAAAAAUUGCUGAUUAGACAAGAAGGAGUGUUAUUUGUUGGAAGAACUGCCAAAUAUAUUCUGUCCUUCUGAAAACAGGAAAUUAAAAAGAAAAAUAGUACUCUGUUGAAAGUUACCAUAUGAUCAUUUUAAAUUGUGUGAUCUAGACAUACCUUAGGUAAUUGCAAAAAUAGCAAAUCAAAGAUUAAAUGAGCUUAUUAGUUAUAUGAAAAUAUACAGAUUAUUAGUUCUGUUACAUUGUACAUAUAUGAAAAUAAUGAAAACAGAACUAUAAUAUUUUUUUUAAUAUGCUUUUAUUUAUAUUUCACAUAAUGUAAAAUUCUACUAAAUCAAGUCAACAAAAUCCCUCAGUAUAUCCAUUUAAGUCCCUAACAUAAUUUUAUGUCAAUAACAACAAAAAUACCUUUUCAAAUUUUGGAGCCUCUGCACAAUUUCCUAGUUUUCUCAUUCUCCAUUUUGUCCAUCUCAGAAGUCUUCAUAUUCCUUAUCUGCAAGGAUUCUGCAUAGUUUUAAAUACUUUCAUUGACUAAAAAUUUGGGUGUAUGUGUUGUUUUGUUUUGUUUUGUUAUGUUUUUUUGGUUUUAAAAAUAUUUAACACUAAAACCUUAAAAUAGUGAAGCUACUUAUCAGACCACUGAGCCAAGAUCCUGGUAUUAAAAGAAUGUCCGGGUGCUUAAGAUAAAGGAACAAAGUAUAGGUAUCCCAGUUAUUUGGGAGCUUUAAGAUUGGAACAAGGUAUUACUGUCUUUUUUUUUUUUCUACUUAGAUGCUACUUAAAAGAGAAGCCUAUUGUAACAGAAUAAAAACUUCCUUUAAAGCUUUAUAAUAGUCGUAUUUAUUAUUAAUGCUGUUGUGCAUACUUAUAGUGUGCAUACAUUCAACAUGUGCUGCAUGUCUUCAGAAUUGCCUAAAUGAAAUAAAUUCCUUUCAUUGCAACUUGCAAGUGAGAAUAGUUCCUAAGUUGCUCGCAGAAAGAAAUAAUAUUUCUUUUCAGUGUGUCUCUCUGCCCUGUCCUCUCCCCCCACCCCAGGCUUUAAAAGGGAGGAUAUGUAAAACAUGUCUGUAGGAAGCAGCAGCAUGGCCAUAAGUGCAAUGAUUUUCAUAUAUAACCCUGCCUAUUUCAAGUAUAUAUUUGACAUGAAUAAAUUUAAGAGUGUAUAGAAUAAUUCAUGUAAGAACCUAGUGUGUACAUGUAAAAAAAAACAUUUCUAUGUAAUGUGAGGAACACCUGGCCAUCAACCAGGGAAGAAGGUCAUGCAAGACUGCAAAUUUUCAUAAUAGAGCCCUGCAAAAUAACUGCAAUCAUACCAAAAAUUAUUUGAGCAAAUGGGUUUUUUAAAUACUUUUUGUCUAAAAGAGUUUAUAUUUCAAAGGCAGAAAUGUCGAAUGGUAGUCUGUGUAAAUGGUGAUGCAUCUUCUCUAUGCACAUCUGUGUUUUACAUCAGCGAGAGCAGUGGUCAUGCUAAAAUUAGAGAUACUUUUCUAAUGACUUGGUCAAGUUGUGUGUAAAAUAUAUAACCCAUAAGUCAAGUACAGUGUACUAUGUUUAAUAAAGUUAUUACAUUUAAUGCAUUUAUUGCAUAUAUGAAUAUAUACAUGAAGAAGCUUUAUGUCUUCUGAUAUUUGAUUUUUUUAAUGCAUUUCCUUUAAUGAUGCCUUUAGGCAAGAAGCUUCAAAAUUAAUCAUUCUUUGUUUGGGUAUUCUAAUUUUUCAGGUAAUAUUUAAACUAUUUUAGAGACCAUUGCUACUAACUUAUAGCGCAUUCACCUAAAAAUUGAUUGUAUAAUUAAAAUACAGCACUUAGAUGGGCUUUUCCUAUAAUUAGGGUGUUCUGAAUAGUUGCUGAAAAGAGUUGUGCCAUUAACCAAUGGAUGCACUUGGUUAGCCUUAAUUUUUUUUAAAAACACAUUAAAACUUUCUUGAAUAUUUCAUUUGGCUCAUUUUAAGUUUGUGCUGCUGGUGUUUGCAAAAAAAUCCAACAGUUAAGUGCUACCAGAAAGUGUAUCUUUUUAAAACAAAAAAUAAGAACAACAUAAAUUUCACAAUCUAAAAUUUUAAUUGUGUGCAAUAUAUUCAUUUAAUGCAUGUGUAUUUGAGUAAUUGUAAAAUAAAUGAAUUUUUAAUGUUUUGAGAUCUAGUUUAAAUUGUCUUCUUAACCCGACAACUUACAUUCCAUUCUUGCUGCAUCCUUUUAUUUGAGGACUUGUUUUAAAAGUCUUUUUGUCAUUCUUUGUAAAAUUCUUUCAUUAUUAGUACAUUUUGCUUAAAUAGGAGCAUGGCUCCUGUAUUACAAGGGAAAAAUAUAAAGAGCACAUUUUAGGAUUAUAAUUGUUAAAAGGUAACUUGUGCAUAUCAUUGUACAGUGUCUACUGUGUGCCUAAGUGUUCUGUCAAUACUUUAAUUCUCUAACGAAGAAGAAACAACAAUCAAAUGUCAGUUAUUUUUAUUGGACUAAAAGAAAGAUUACAAUUUUUAUUUGGUUUGCAUUAUAUUCUGUCCAUUAGAAAAUACUAAUAAAGUAUUAACAAACA